UAAGGAUCCAACCCCGCGCACUGCCCUGGCAUACUGCCGCACUCUGCAUCCCGAUCCAGACACAGACACACACGCUGAGAGCUUUUGGCAGCACCUGCACGGCUGCCGCUCCCAUGGGGCUCUGCCUGUCCGUGGCCCUGUGGAAGGACAAGGCCUACGCCCGCCGCCGGGCCGUGGGGCACUCUGCCGCCGUCGGCGUGGACGUCGACGAGAUGGUGCGUGGCGGAGGAGGCGGCGGCGGCGGGGGCUCCGGCUACGGGCUUCUCGCAGGGGGCGGUGGGUUGCCGGAGGCGGAGGAGGCCGUGGCUGUGGCGGCCGCGCCGAGGGCCUCGGGCGCGCUGGGCACGCCGGCGCGGCCGAUAUGGCAGAGGCGGGUGCUCAUGGGCGUCAGGUGCCAGCUGCCCCGGUUCAGCGGCAUGGUGCUGUAUGACGAGCGCGGCCGGCCCGUGGGCGGCGGCGUCCGGGACAGGGCUCGUGACCAGGAGAAGCACGCCGCUGCCAUUGAUAACAUCCUCAGGGACCUGCAGUGCUCUAGCCGGUCGCCGGCGAGCAACCUAUUUCCGGCGUCGGCCCGGUCCGGCUGAAUGCCGCUCCGUCCAUUUCCAGUUUGUUAAUUAGGCCCGUAUUAAGCAGAAGAAAAUUCAGAAAUCCCGUGUUUACAAGCCUAAUUGUUUUGGGGAUAGGCAGCUAGAGCUGUGCCAAUGCUAGAUUCUGCCAGAUUUUGGUUCUCAAUGUGACAUCGGCCAAAUAAAAUGAAGAAGAGAGAGGGCCAUGCAUCGUAGCAUUGACAAGUUAAUAAGUACUCGUAUAUUUGGAUAAUGGAACAAAUUUAUUCAUAGAGAUGUCAAUAUCCUGACUUA